AUGCCCACGCUGGAGGCGAUCACUCGCUUCAGUCGCAGCUUCUCGCAGAGCACGCGUGGCUCCAGGAGGUCACUGCAGUUAGGCUCGUUGCAACUGCAGUUGCACAUGACCGACGACAUCGUUGAGAGUCCUCCUCAGGGAUUCUGUGAUGUCUUGAUCAAUCCUGCAAACGAGGCCCUGGUUGGGACUCGGCUGCCAUACUUUCCGAUGAAAGCCGAGCCGCCACCAGAGCUCCAGAAUUCAAGGUGGUGUGGCAUGGAAGCUGGUAGCGGAAUGUUCUAUGCUCAGCAGGUUGUUGAUGGACGUGUCCAUGCCGUGGGUGGGUCUGAGUUGAAAGAGGCAUGCCUGCGACUUGGAGAGGUUUCUCCCGGGAUCAGAUGUCCAACAGGUCAGGCCGUGAUGACGCCCGCUUUAGGUGGCUUGCGCCCUUUCUUCAGCCACAUAGUCCACACGGUGCCGCCGUUCUAUGGCUCUGAGAAUUGGGAGAAGUGCUUGCAGAGCUGCUGGGAGGCAAGCUUGGAUCUGUCCUGGAGCGUUGCGACUGACAAAGCCGUGGUUGCCAGCCCGCUGCUUGGAGCUGGGGCACGGGGUGCGCCGAUCCCAGAGGCAUCGACAGUGGCAUUAACAGCUAUACAGAACUGGGCGCAUCGAAUGUGCCCUAGAGGAAUCAUUUGCAUA